CGUCAAGAUGUAAUCCUAAUAAGAGAUCAGUCGUGAGCUCUUAUGAGCUCACCAUGGAUUAGUCUCGAUCAAUCGAUCGAGGAUACCACAUAAAAUCGUUUGUCUCGUGUUCUUGUUAUUCCGCAUCAUCAAAUUCUUCAUGGUAUCAGAGCCUGGUUAGUCCUUUGUUGCUGCCUGCCACUCAGUUUGUCAAGAACCAGUUGAUCCCAAUAACUCGAGUUGUUGGGAGAAGGUUCUGCUGGAUCUUAUAUCACACUCUAACACGCCCCCUCAAACGAAAGCCAACUCACGGGCUUGAAGUUUGCACAGGCUCACCAUACCUUGUGCUUUAAUCAAAGGUUAAUAUUGGGGGUCGUGGAGAUUCGAACACACGACCACUUGGCCAAACCAGCUCUGAUACUAUGUCAAGAACCAGUUGAUCCCAAUAACUCGAGUUAUUGGGAGAAGGUUCUGCUGGAUCUUAUAUCACACUCUAACAACAAAUUCUUCAAACGAACUUGUUCACGAGCCAUCUCGAUUAAGAUGAAUCGAAUAUCGAACGAAUUUUUUCCAAAUCAGAAUCCGAACCAUUCAUGAGCGACUUAGUUCAUUAAUAAUUAUACGCAUAGAAUAUAGAUUCUUCGCGGGAGCUCAUCUCCAUGUGGCAUGUGCCCCUCUCGUGGCGACCUUAUCUUAUACAUUAUUCACCAAAUAAUAACAAACCUGCAUUAUAUUUGAUUCGUUUCAUCAUUUCGUUCAAUCCAGCUACACUCCAAAAUCAACACCACCACUCCAACUCGCCGAUAUUUUCCCUACACAUGCAACAUGCCACUCCCCUCAAUAAUUUUCUUCAUCAUCAAACCUUUCUAGCUUCUGUUUCAAUAAACAGAAGAAAUAGAAAGACUAAAAUGUAGAGGUGGCAAUUUCAAUCCAAUCCACUAAUCCAAUCCAUCAAUUCAUUAAAAAUAUCCACCUAAUCCAAUCCAUUUAAAUCCAAUCCAUUUUAUCCAAAUCUAAUUGGAUUGGUGGAUUCAUGGAUUGGAUUCAUGGAUCAUUGGCAAAUUACGGUUUAGUACCUAUAAUUUUUAUUUUUUACAUUUUGGUACCUAAAAUUUAAUUUUUUAUACGAAAAAUAUCAUUGAAAAAUUACGUUUUGGUACCUAAAAUUUUUCAUUAUGACAUUUUAGUACCUAAACUAUUUACAUUUUACAUAUUGGUCCUUGGUUGAGGAUGUCAUUUGGAUUCAUGGACAAUCCACCAAUCCACUUGAUCCAAUCCAUGAAUCCACCAAUCCAUUCGAUCCAUGGAUCCACCAAUCCAAUCCACCAAUCCGCCAAUCCAAUCCAUUUGCCACCUCUACUAAAAUGUAAUAGUUAGCAUGACAUUUCUUCAAAUAUAUCGAAAUAGAAAGCUAAAUAGUCAGGACUCAAGAGGAUCUCUGGUAAAACUAGUUAUUGGUUAGUGAGCUUAUACAUAUACGGCAGAGAUAGACAAUAUAUUGUUUCGAGGGUCGAUUUGUAGUUAUAUCUCCUUCGUGUUCGCAAUACUUUUUGAGUGAUAAUUAUAAUCGGUCAGACUUGGACUGGAUUAACGUUCGAUACGAUAGUAUGAAGUCACUUGGAGUCAGGGUAGACAAGGUCAAUUUGCUUGCUAUCUGUAAAUAAUUGUAUAGCCAAUUGCGAGUCUGGCUCAAUAAUAACUACGAUUAUAUGGUCGUGGUUCUUAUUGAAAUUUUGAAAAACGGCCCACAGUUUGACCAUUGUUACGAUGCAAGAUCCAACCUCGAAGCAAAAAAUUUGACGACUCACGUCACUCAGCAAAGCCCCUGUAUGCUCUGACAAUGUGUGGAUCCUCAUUUGACGUUACAUGAAUGUUAAACUUCAAAUAGCGUAUGCCAACUCAAAUGCGAGAAUGACUCUACUAAAAAUAUAUAAAAAAAAUACGAAGAUUUGAUUAUGUACAAAUGCAUAAUAAGAGAUAUGCACCCUACCAUUAAUAACUCAUCUAGUGGCAUAUAAUAACCAACCUAACUCAGGCCAAUCACCAUCAUCAAAUUGAUUACCAAGUUUUACCCCCACACAUUACAAAACGGUGUGGCCUCGUCAAUCCACAUUCCACAGUAGCCAAAUUCCCGGACCAAGCCCACUUGCUCUCGUUAUUCAGUUUUUUAUUUUAUUUUCUUAUGCUGCAAAGUGGUUGAUGUCUUUUUCAGAAAUUCUCCAUCAAGCGGCAUCAAUCCGGCCCGCCGCAUGAUAAGCUUUUCUACACCCGCCCGCAUCCGACCACAAACCCAGAAGAACUUCCUAACUGGAUUCAUCUUCUUCUUCUUAUCGAGACGGACAUAGAUCAUGGGUCCCACCCACGAGCGCCACAGAGAUCAAGUGCGGGCAAUGGCUCCUUCUCACCACCCGAACCCGCACGAUCAGGUGCGUCCAAAAUCCAAACACACAAUUUUGUGGAUCUCUUCCGCAACUUCAGUCACACACAGUUUGGAAUUAUUUUAGGCAAAAUACACUUCCAUAUCCAUAACUUUCACGUUUGUGCCAAAUAUAUCCAUAAUUAUCGAAAUACAUAAAAUAGCCAAAAAUUGGAUGGUAGUGUGACAAAUCUAUCCAUUUCCGUUACAAACUUUAACACCAUUAGUGACGCCGUUAGUUAUGUUAGUUAUACGCUGACUAGGACGCCAGAUCAGUGCACACGUCAUCAAAAAAUCAGCACCAAAUGACACGGAAAUCACACAUCAUAUUUACUUACAUAUAUUUAAUUUUAAGAAAUAAAAAUAAAAAAUCAAUUUCCUAACUCUUCCCCUUCUGCCCCAACUUCUCCUCUCCACCCCAUCUUCUCCCCUCCGCCUACUCCCAUCGCCGAAGUGGACAUCAAAUCCGCCACCACCCAUUGUCGACAUCUAUCCGCCACCACUGCCCACUCCCACCGCCGACAUCAAAUCCGCUACCACCGCCCACUCCAUCCCCCAAAAUAAAAUCCGCCACCAAUACGUUAAACUUGUUGGCCUUCUAAAAACCCCUAAUCGCGGCAGCUAGCGGCGGCGCGACGGAGUAGGAAGUGCCGUCACGACCUCACAAUCUGAAACCCGCCAAAAUUAGCGUUCUUCUCCCGAAGAUGCUUACUCAUGCCGUCUCAUUCCCUAUCGAUGCUGGAGUUAAAGGUAGGACAGGUGGAGAUCGAUUGAAGCAGACCACGACGGCGAUGAUGCGAGCGACAAGGGCAUCAAAGAAGGUGAUGCGACUUCGAGGAAUGAUGGUGACGGCAUCGAGGAUCUGCUUCGCACCCGCUAGCUCCAUCGCCGCCAGCUCUCGCCCUUGCUUCCAGUCAACACCAAUUCCAAAAUCGCAAACAAAGCCCCCGCUGGCGAUGGCGUCUACCCCAAUCUGAACCCAAACUCCCUAUUGACUCUAAUGACGACGGAUCUAUUGGUGAAGACUAUGGAUUCCUAAGAUCGAGGAAGACAAUUAAUCGUGUUCCGAUCGCAUUUCCAAUGAUUUGGUUCUGGAUCUGGAUUUCGGAUCCGAGAAGAAGACGGCGAGGUAAGCUACACGCCGUUCAGGAAGAACCCGGUGGCUUCUAACUCUACUUGCGCCAAUCGUCGUCAAGGAAGCACAAGAAGGUUUCGUCGGAGUAUUUGGAGCUCGGUGAUGGAAGGGUUCUGGGGCGAGAGGAAGACGAACAGGUUGGGCGAUCUGCAGGGUUCCAUUUAUUAUUUUUUAGUUUUAAUUUUUAAAGUGAAAUCAUAGCAUUUUCCUUUUUUUUUCCUGUUAAUCCAGAUAGAUGGGUGGGGACGGAACUUUGCCAACUCAGCUAUUCCGUCAGUAUAGUCAUACUCUUAACCUGACACCGUUAAAUAGAUGGACGGAAUUGGA